GGGUCUUUCCACAAAGGUUUGAUUAAGUCUUGGACAGCUAUACAUUUGAGGCAUUACUCACAAGAGAGAGUCUGGAACACAUAUAUUGUGAUUUUUUUUUCCAUUUGUUUACUCAACAAGUACUUACUAAGUGCUCAUUAAAACUGCAAAGACAGGAUCCCUGUCCACAAAGAUCUUACAGCCUUCAGAGGGAGACAGAUAAGUUGGCAGGUAAUUGAGUGUGAUUGUAAUCAGCCCAGAGAGGCAUAGAAGCAGAGAAGAGAAGGACAAGCCAGCCUAUGGUGUUUAGGAAAGGCUUCCUAGAAGAGGUGAACCUAAACGAUAAGUAGUAAGAGGCUGGGCAUCGUAUGAUCCAGGCAGAGGAAAAAGCAUAUGCAAAGGUUUGGAGGUGGAGAAGAGUUCAGAGAACCACACAUUGGGUGGAGCAUAGAAUGUGUGAGAGAGAAGCUGUAGAUGAGAUAGGAGCUGUGAACGGGGGUCAGAUCCCAGGAAGCAUAGAGUGCCGGGAAUGGGGGAUAAUCCUGAGAGAUGAUACUGUGGCAUCUGGCUUCAGGGGAGAGAACAGAAUCAAAGGGGACAAGAAUGAAAGCAGGGAGACCCAUUAGGCAGCUGUUAAAAUCGCUCUCGUAAGAGAUGAUGGCUGCCUGAAUUAGGGGUGUUGAAACAGGGAUGAGGAAGGAAGGAUACAUUCAAGAAAUACUUGAAAGGUUGAGUGGCAAGAUUUGGUGAUUAUUGGAAACGCGAGGCUGAGGGACAAAGGAAGGAACCAGGUUUCCAGCUUGGGGGCCAUUGAUUAAGAUAGAUGAUGCAAUGAGGAGGGAGAGAUUUAGACGGAUUGGCAAGUUCAGAUUCGGACCUGCUGAGACAGGUGCCUCGAGCAUCUCAGCCCCAGCAGAGAGGUCCAGCAGGCAACUGGGUAAAUGGACCUGAAGUUCAAGGGAGUCGUUAGGAGUAGAGACACAGAUCUGAAACUCAGCAUUCUGGGGAUGGCACUAGAAAUCGUGGGAUAACUUGACACCUCCCAGGGAGAAUGUAUGGAGUGAAAAGAAAAAUGGGACUUAUCAGCACUCUCAAGGACAGCUGGAGGAAGAGGAGCCUGAGCAUGAGAGUGAUAAAUCACAGGUAUCCAAGAAAAUCAAGACAAGAGCGUACAGGGGAGUCAAGGAAAUGCAGUGUGCCCAGAGGAAGAAGCGAAAAAAAAUCCAUGGACAAGAGAACAGAAGAAAUGCCCAGUGGGCUUGCCUAUGCGAUGACCUUAGCAGGGCAGUUUUAGCCAUGUGGUUCCGAAUGGAAUGGAGAAGUCAUAACAGGGAUGGAGGAACUGACUCUGAAAAGGAGGAAGAUCACCUUAUCAGAAGUUGGGGGAGGAAGUGGGCAUUUAUAUGUCUAUAAGGGAAGGAGACACAAAGGUGAAUGAGGUCAGGUGUGGUGACAUAAAUUUUCUUGAAGUAGGAUGCAAGACACCUGCUGAGAAUGGGGUGAGGGAGGGAGUAAGUGGGGAGUGAUGGCUGCAGAGACUGUUUGAAAGGAUGGGGAAGGUUGAGAGCGGCCACUGGGGAGAUUAGAAUGAGCACCUGGCCAAAAUUAGUGGAUCAGUGGGCUAUUUGGUGGGCCCAGACGGAUUUCAGAAUCCUGCAUUUGUGAUUGUUGUAAGCUCCACAUUUAGGGGAUUUUUCUCCAAAUGCACUAGGAAUAGAGAGAGUGGCUUGUAGCACGUUUUCUUUGUCCGGGUUGAGAUUUUGCUGGAAGGUGUUACCAAUGCCAGGAACCCUAUGCUCCCUGCCCCUAGUAGCCAUGGCUUCUGAAAGAAUCCCAGAGUAACACAGAAGAAUCAAUGGCUACUUGUUCUGCAAAAGCUUGACUCUUAUCAACUCCGUGAUAUCUACCAUGCGACGAAAGCCAGGUCCAAGCCUGGGGUUUAAAAGUCCAAGAGUUUAGCACGUGCCUGGGAGAUUGAAUCCAGGGACACCUCAUCCCCAAUUGCAGGGAGCCACCUGGGUGAGAAAUUGCAAUAAAAGGACGGUCCACAGCAGGCUUGCAUUCCUACGGCUGGUCAGAGGAGGAGGACGCUGUUCUCACCGAGGUACAUGAAGAGUCUGCACGCUGCAGAGUGACCAGCGUGUCUCAGCCCUUGGAAAGGAUGGCGAGCUCUUGCGUCCUGUGGCUGGCCUUGGCCUCCUGCAUUCUGACCCUGGCAUCUACACAGCAGCAAAUUUCCACCAGCAGCAACUCCUAUGGACCCGACUUGGAGUGUGGAGCUCCCGGCACGACAGAGGCCCAAGGCUGUUUUGACCCCUGCAAGAAUUACACCUUCCUGAAUGAAUCUUCCCGAAGCUCAGAGAACACAGAAAGAGGGCAGAUGUGUGACAGCGACCUGAGGGGCUGGUACCGUUUUGUGGGAAAAGGAGGAGUGAGGAUGCCAGAGACCUGCGUCCCAGUGUACCGAUGCCACACGGACGCCCCCAUGUGGCUGGAGGGGACCCACCCCACCCUCGAGCAGGGCAUCGUCAAGCGCACUGCUUGUGCCCAGUGGAGUGGCAACUGCUGCCUCUGGAAGACCGAGGUGGAGGUGAAGGCCUGCCCGGGUGGGUACCACGUGUACCGGUUGGAGGGCACCCCAGCAUGUGCGCUGAGCUAUUGCACAGACCCCACCACUGAGGAGGCCAAUUGUGGGAAGGACCGUUACCCGGAGGAUUUUGUCAACGGCACCUGGAACUGUGUCUGCAGAAAAGUCUGCAACAGCUCUGAUGACCAGUGUUUGCAGCCUCAGCUGGACUGUGGGGCCAAGGAGAUCACGCUGACGCUAGACGAGCAUCUGCUGGAAUGCCUGGGUUUUGAGGACAAGGUCAGAGCCUACCUGCGGGACCAUAACUGCAAUAGCAUCAUACAAAGAGGAGAGAAGAGCUCCAUGUCUGUGACCAGCCCUACUCAGGCUGGUGCCUGUGGAAACAUUCUGGAGAGAAAUGAAACCCAUGUCAUCUAUAAAAACACUCUCUUCUUGGCCAAUGAUUUCAUCAUCAGAGACAACAUCCUCAUCAACUUCCAGUGCGCCUACCCACUAGACAUGAAUGUCAGCCCCGAAAUUGUCCUGCGGCCCAUUGUAAGCAACCUGACCAUCAGUGUGGACGGGGAGGGAGAGUUCAUUGUCAAGAUGGCCCUCUUCCAAGACCAGGGCUACACCUUGCCUUACGAAGGGGAUGAAGUUGUGCUGGACGUUGACUCCAUACUCUAUGUGGGUGUCAUCUUGGAGAGCGGGGACGCCUCUCGGUUUAACCUGCUGUUGAGGCACUGCUAUGCCACGCCCACUGAAAACAGGACUGACGCUCUGAAAUACUUCAUCAUCAAAAACGGCUGCCCAAAUCAAGAAGAUUCCACUGUCCACGUGAAGCAGAAUGGAGUAUCCUCAGAAAGCCAGUUCUCAGUUCAGCUGUUCAAGUUUGUUGGAGAUCAUGACCUGGUUUACCUGCAUUGUGAGUUUCAUCUCUGCGAUCCCCUUAAUGAAAACUGCAAGCCGUCUUGCUCAGGAAAUCAACUCCGCAGUACAGAAGUGGUUAUCAACUCAGCUCAGGUCCUCGAUUUGGGACCCAUCACUCAGAAACGUGCCUCGUCUGAACCUGUCAUGAGCGGAGCCCCCACCACUGCAGGUGCAUCAUUUCUGCUGCCUUUCCUACAGCCCUCCCUCUCAAUUCUCUCCUUCCUCUAUUCAAGUUGGUGCAUGGUCAUUCAGCCCCUUUUGUGUGCCCAGGGCUGGGACCUGUGGACAAUGAAAUGAAUCAGACCCAAGACUGGCUCUUAAGAUGCCCACAGCCCAGCAGGGGAGCCAGCCAUUUAACAACAAAUAUUUAUUGAGUGCCUACUGUGUGCCAGGCAUUGCUCUAGGCACGGAAGAUAUAAUGGUAAACAACACAGGCCAGGUGCCUGCCCUCAUGGAGCUUAUGUUCCAGUUGAGAAAUAGACAAUAAAUAGUUAACAAGGUAAUUUAAAAAGAAAAGAGGAUGAUGUGAUACAAAGUUACUGGCAUGGGUAAUAAUGCCUUAGAAGUUUAUUUCUCUCAUACAUGAAUGAAGCUAGAAGCAAGAUUCCAGGGCAAGUAGAGAGGUACCAUGAAGUCUUCAAGAAUCCAGGCUCCCUUCAUGCAUGGGGAAAGCUAGCUGGUAAUGAAGAGAGGUAGGCUAUGAAGGCAUGGGUUCAGGGCCAUCUGAAGAAUUGCAAUCCUUAGGAGAGUCUACCCAGACGUCCCAUAUUUCACAGUCCCCAGGUUUUUCCAACCAGGGCUCUGACAUUGUAGCAGACCUGCCUUGACAGAGCAUGCAACCAUCCUUUAAGCUUGGCUAUUCUUUUAGAUCCUGAAUUUGCUCCUCAGUUGUAUCCACUCUCCUAUUGCAGGAGAUAAGGGCUUCUUACAACCUAGCUACCAAGGAGACCCUCUGGCUCUCUCUCUUGGCCCUAACAAUUAAAACUCAGUUUCUCAUCCUUCUGCAGUAGGGCAUCACUACAAUUUAGUAAUAAUUAACCAAUUCCAUUUCCCCUGGAAUCAGGCCUGAAUUAUUGCACUGGCCAGAGAAUUCCCCCUCAACAGAAAUAUUCUCUCAAGUCAUUACUGGUGAAAUUUUUAGCAAUUAGUUUGCCACCUUGUAACCGGAACUACUCAUGCUACACAUAUCAGUUGAGAUUGGAUUCUUAAAGAAAAAAGAAUUUAGGCUCCUUCCAGUUCACCCCUCCACCAUCCUUAGGGUUUGUCCAUCAUCUUCAUGGUCCGUGGUGGCAGCUGGAGCUCCAAUCUUCAUAUCUAGGCAGCAGGAUGGCAGAAACAUGGAAGAAGUCACUGAGUGUUAAGGAAAGUUCCUGGAAGCUGAUACCUUAUACUUCCACUUACAUCUCAUUGGCCAAUGCUUAGUCACAUGGUCAUAUCUGGCUGCAAAAGAAGCUGGGAAAUGUAGUCUUUAUUCUGGGCAGACAUGUACCCAACCAAAGUUUGAUGGCUCUAUUAACAAGAAAGGAAGGAAGAAUGAAUAUCGGAAUGGAUAAGUGGUCAGAAAAAAUUUUUAGAGGAGGUGACAUUAAACCAAAUCAGAAAAGGAGCUGGCUGUGCAAAUAUUAGGGCCUAGAGGCAGAUGGAACAACACUUACAAAAAUGAGACAGUCAUAUAAGCAAAUAAAUGACAAGCAAGUAGAUAGUGCAGAAGGAGCACAUAGAAGAGUAAUUAACUGUAUUGGAUAAGUUCAGGAAAGACUUUCAGCAGGUGGUCACAUCUGAACGGGGUUUUAUUGCAUGAAUUGGAGUUCAACAAGCAGACAAAAUCAAGAAAUGCAUUUUGGACCAAAGGGAAAGCAAUGCUAUUAAGAUUUUACUACCCCCAAAAUGACCUAUAUUGGUGAACUCAGACAUGAAAAUGUUCUUUCCAUCCUCAAAUCCCCAAGUAGAUAACAGUCUAAAAGUUUCCAGAUAAGCUCAAGAUAGCGUCUCCAUGCUCAGUGCAAACAAUCAGACAAGGGUCGGAAAGGUGGUGCUCAUCAGAGAGGUGGUUAGAACUCAGACUAAAAGCACCUUGAGAGAGAGACCUCAGUCUCAGGUACUUCUUCCAAUGUUUCAGGUUAUCACAGAGCCUGGAACAGCCUGGCUUCCCGGGAGAGUUUGCCCAAUUGACUAACUUCCAGGGUGGGCGGUACAUUCUGGAGCCUCCUGAAAGAGGAGAUCAAUCUGAUGUGUUAGCAGACCCACACAAUAGGGCUCUUACGAUUUUCGUGUUUGAUGUUUUAGAGUUAGUUGAACAUCAACUUAGAUUGUAUACUUAUAAACUGGUUGUUAUACACUAAUAUGUUUCUGAAAAUUAUGAUAUUCUUCUCUCUCUCUCCCUUCUAGGACAUCAGCAAGUUACUUUGAAAUUUGAGGGAUGGGGAGAGUUACAAUCUGGUAGUACGAUGGGAAGGGGUAUACAUGCCUCUCCCAGGCCCCCCAGCACAAGGCAACAAUAAUCCAGGAUCCAUGAUGUGCAGAAGAGAUGAGAUCCCGACCCUCCCAGAUCUCAGGGUCUAAUUUUCAAAACCAACACUUAACAUGGUGUUAACCAUGUGCCAGGCACUGUUCUAAAUGCUUGAUAUGAAUUUACUCACUUAAGCCUUAGAAAAAUCCCAUAAGGGAUCCCAUAAGCUAUCCCCAUAAGGGAAUAGCUGCUAGUAAUAUUUCUAUUUUGCAUACAGGGAAACUCAGGCACAGAGAGGUUCAAUAACUUGCCUGGGCCUGCACAGCUAGUUACAGAAUUGGGAUUCUGAGCUAAGUAGUCAGGCCUCAGAGGCAGUGCUUUUUAACCUCUGUGUCUUUCUGCCUCUUCGGUAUUAGUCAGAGAAAGUAAUGCUAGCUUCUGUGACAAACAGUCCCCAACUUUCUCUGCCUUUACACGGUCGUUUAUUUCCCACUCAGUCACUGGAGGAUGCACUUCUGUGCCUUGCAGUCAUUAGGAACUCAGGCUGCAACCUUCUGAGAACUUCCAGCACCUCCACUAUCCCCUGCCUGUCCUCUCCUGGAUCCUCUGCGUCUGGCCGCUAGAUGGUGGAUGAGAGACCAUGGAGAAUCAUGUAGCGGAUUUUAAGGACCAGGCCUAGAAAUGGCAUAUAUGACUUCUACCCAAUUCCUCUGGCCGGAUUCAGCCAUGCGUCCCACCUACCUGCAAAGAAAGCUGGGGCAAAGUGCCUCCCAGUGUGCCCAGAGGAACACGAAAAAGUGUUCAGCGAUUAAACAGCUUUGCCUCUACCACACAACCCCUUUGCCACCUCCCGGGAGCUGUAACCCAGACCACAUAUUAAGGACACUCUGUCUUAGUCAUCCCUAUAAGGCAGAAGAUAGGGAAGCCAGCUUGCUUUGGCUGCUGAGGCCCAAAGCCUAAUAUCUGACAGUCAUCUCUCUUGCAUUUCAGGGUUCCUGGUGGCCUGGCUCAUGGUCCUCCUGCCUGUCCUCCUGGCUGGGCUGUUCUGAGAGCUCAGCUGGGCAUCCGACCUUGAAGCUCAUGCUCUUCUGUCUGACGAUGGUUUCCAGCCACCCUUCGGCUCUGCUGGUUCUCUCUCCAAAUCGCAUAGAUAGUCUCGGUGUUAGUAGACUCCAGGCCGGCAGGUUCUGGGAAAAGGGAAGAGCUUUCCCUCGUCUAACGCUCUCAGUGCCUUUGCUUUUCUCUGUUUCUCACGGUGAUGGCCCUGUUGGCCUGGCCCACUUCCUCAUUCAUAAGCAGGAUCUUGAAGGCAAACUUGCUAGGGGCCCCUGUGGCUCCAGCCUUUACCAGAAUGUAGCAUGUGUUUGUAACUACGGGGAA